CAAACGCAAAGAUACAGCGAUCCCACGAGGCAACCCCGAAAGUCCGGGUUCUUGGAUCAGAAAAAUGUCGAGAACUCGGCCGAAAUAGUCCUGUCAAGAGGUGGAUCUUUAUGUCGUGAAAUUUUGCGGAGGCGCGCGGACUCGAUGAUAUGCUCAAACUAUUCUUCUCUCAGAGGUAGUUCGGCACUGACCAACUCUUCAAGUCAAGAUAAGAACCGUAGCGUCAGCAGCAUCCUUAAAACCCUUGUACGUGCAACAUCUACCUAUGGCGAUUUGAGAGACUUUUACAUCGAACCCAAACCUCGCUACUUCUAGCGAACCUCACUGCCUCACCAUAAUGUCGGAGGUGAAUCUCGAUCUGGGCGACCUUUUCGGCGCGGUCGGCGACACGACCAGCGUCGGGAAUAACAGCGACAACGAAGGCGAGGCGGAUCACACGCGCGUCCGCUCGAACGACCCACUGGACUGGGAUAUCGACGUGGGUCCGCUGAGCUUGUACUUCCAGCAGAAGUCAAAACUGGAUGUCGGGGCGGCGGCGGGGGUUUCGACCCUUGAGCCCGUAGAACUCGACCUGAAGCAGGCGGGUAUUAAGAAGAAGCGGAAGCAAGCGGAGAGAUUAACACGCAAAGGUGUUGCACUCAGCGAGGAUGAAGAUGAUGAUGAACAAAAUGCGUCUGAAGUAGCUCCCGAUCAUGCGGAAGAUGACCAAGGAGAAGUUCUUCCGCUUGCGAAAAUUGACCGUGUACGCGACGACGGCAUUUUGGCUAAGGUUUUGGGGAGAUUUGGUUCAUCUAAUAACUCCACUUCGUCCAGCUCUUCGAAACGGCCGACCGUUGGGAAAAUCGCUCCGGUGCUUGGCACCGGGAAGUUUGUGAAGCAGCAGAAAAAGCUGAGCCAGGAGCUGCGCGGACAGACCCGAAACGGCUUGCCGAAACAGGAGUUGACCCCGGAGCUCGAGCGGGAACUGAAGUUCCUGCAAAUGCGCGCCUACGCGGAUCCAACAAGGUUCUACCGAGGGAACGACUCCAAGGAACUGCCGACACACUUCCAUUUGGGAGUGGAGGUGGGAGGCAGCCAGGGCCUGGCGCCAGUGCACGGGGAUGGACGACCGACCUACGUCAGCGACAAGAAAAAGAAGACCAAGGUACACUUGAUUUCGUGAAUUCGUUGAAGGGUUGUCCUUUUUAUGAAUAGUGUGUGUGAAGUUUCACGUACGAUGGACAUGAGAAUGCACCGGAAUCCUUAACUACAAUGCGCAUGCAAAUGAAGUGGCAAUCACGAAUCUGAUAUGAUCCAAAUGAAAUUCAGGGCGUUUCCUUCAUGCAAGAGACGCUAAAGGACCAGCGGGUGCAAGAAUUUACGCGAAAGCGAUUUAACGAAGUAGGUGCCUGGGGCCAGGAGGGCAGUAUCGUGAAGAAAAACGGUGCGAAGAAGAAGAACGCGGGCAAAGGCGCGUGGAAGAAAAAGAAGAAAAAGUGAAUGGAAUAGCCCGGCACAGAUGUGUAGGAAUCGCGACAACCUGUAAUAUCCAUGUACUGUGAACUUCGAUUUCAUGCGCAAGUACUUUGCAAAGCUCUACGAAUAUCACGAUGAAAAAG